GCGGCUCCCGAGGCGACCCGGAAGCGGAAGUCGAAGAAAGUUCUAGUGGCUUGAGCGGCGGGAGCGGCCGGGUGGCGGGAGGAGCCGUUGCGGGAGCCGGAGCUGCCGAUUAAGCCCGAGCAAGAUGACGACGUCGCAAAAGCACCGGGACUUCGUGGCGGAGCCCAUGGGGGAGAAGCCGGUGGGCAGCCUGGCCGGCAUCGGCGAGGUCCUGGGGAAGAAGCUGGAGGAAAGGGGGUUCGACAAGGCCUACGUGGUCCUUGGCCAGUUUCUGGUGCUAAAGAAAGACGAGGACCUGUUCCGGGAGUGGCUGAAGGACACUUGUGGCGCCAACGCCAAGCAGUCCCGGGACUGCUUCGGGUGCCUCCGGGAGUGGUGUGACGCCUUCUUGUGAGCCGCCCGGGGAGCCCCCCGGCCCGGAGUCUGCAGCGGAGGGGGCUCGGCCCUGUGCGCCUCAUGGGAAAAGGUUGUUCACCUGCGACGCCCGCCGCCCGCCCUCACCGUUGCCACGGCUCCGGAGCUCACUCCUGCAUGCCGCUCCCCGCAGUCCCCUGCCGGUCCCACCGCGACCGCGGCUUCCCGCCCCUCCCGCACCUCCGGUCUGUUUGCCGUUUGGCUCCCUGUGUGGCAGAACCGUCACUGUCCUGUUUUUAAAUCAAUAAAGUCAGUGGCCUUCACCGUG